AUGGACGAUGAUGAACUAAAAUGGAAAAUAAAGACUAUGAUGCUUACAGUAUACAAUGCCACUGAUGUCAACCGUGACCCAUUGGUUCAUUCAUCUUUUGAUAUAGAAAAAAAAAUAGGAGAAGAAUUUAUUUUAUUGUGGUUACCGGCCAUGGUUAUGUGCAUUGAUUAUGAAGGGUGCAACGACGAAAAAGUUGCUGUGAUUAAUGCAGCAGUAUAUGCGGCAGUCGACUAUAUAACAGAAGCACAUAGUUACCUACAACAAAUCAGUAGUGGAACACCACGUUAUACUACGUGGUUUGGCUCGUAUACAGCUUCUAGAAAAAAUUCUGUGGAAGACCAUUUUGCUGCAAUUGGGAAUAGUCCUUUAUCAGUCAAGUAUGAUUGUACCUGUACUGAUCAAAAGAGAUACGUAGGAGUCCUUUCUGAUGAUCCUUCGAAGAUCUACCUCUGUGGCAAGUUUUGGAGCGCUCCUGUAACUGGCACAGAUAGUCAAGCUGGUUCUAUUAUAUAUGCUUCAGCUAGCUUCACCGUCUAUGGUGGUGCACAAAUCAUUGCUAAUGGACAAGAGUCAUGCAAACGAUUAGCGACUAGCAAUCCUGACCAAGCUAUUAUUAAUGCUGAUAGUCAUCGAUACUUUGCUGAAAACGACCCUCCUCUAGAUUGAGCACAAAACCGUGGAACACAUCUUGCUCGCUACUAUCAUGUUGACAUUAAGGAAUAU